CCCACCAAAACCUUUCUCUGCGCUAAAUGAUAGCAUCAAAACUCGCGCUGGAUACUGCGGCAACUACAUGCCGGUCACGCAUUUGUGGCCGAGUAGGCUAAAGUGGAGGAAAAGGUGGAGGACGGGAGUGAAAAUGGGAAUAAAGACAGUGAGAGUAGUAAGAUACCUUGAUCAAUGAUGUGUGACCCGAAACAAUUGCAGUAUAAAAUACUCCUGGCUCAUCCAGCUGUGUUAAAUCUUUAACCGGAUGACUCGGCUGAUCUUGCUACAAUACAUCGCGAAAUCAGUAAAUACUUGGCCAUGGCAUAGCUUUCAUACCCAGUCAAAACAAGCAUUGUGUGGAAAAAAUCACGUGCCUUACAUCACAGCAACUAGAACAAGAGGCGAUGGCAAAUGCCGAGAGUCGCAGCCGCCGGUCCUUAUUAAGGAGGGACAUUUAGAGCGGCUACCUUAUUGGACAAUAAAUGCUGCGGGGGAGGGGGAGGAUCCUAUUUCCCGCAAAACAACUGGGGACAAGCUUCAACCUAACAAAUAGGGUUAGAUCUAAAGCAGCACCCCGACGUCUCCUCCCGACGCCCACAAAGCGAGACGUUUUUCCCCAACGGCUUUUGCUAGUCGCAGUUGAUUCCUUGGCCAAAUUCGGCCAAAAAUGCAACUCCCGACCUGGCUUAAAUAUUUACCGCAUGAUUUAUUGAGGCAGUAAGGCCGCGAACAUGGCAAAGGGGGCAUUCCGCUUUGUGGGGAAGUGCUGGGGAAAGCCCCGCCUGCUCCCCGGCUAAGCAAUCAAACUUAGUGUUUUUGUUUUUCUGAUUUUCACAACAACUGCCAGGUAGAGGAGUCAUGGACCUCAAGCCGGUGGGAUCCAUUGUCGGGCCGAGCUGUCAGGGCACAGAAUAAAGGUCGCUUCCUUUUCGCACAUCCGGGGUAUUUUUCCUUUACAGUCCUCUUUUCUGACACCUGCUUUUCAAGAGUUCUUCAAAAAUGGAUGAAAAGGUCAGCAAAGAUGUCGGGGUCGAGCACGGCAACAGCUCCGAGGAUCGAAUCCAGACGGCGGCAAUCAUGAAUGACGAGUUGUUGCGACAGGCCGCCGCCCGAGGACAGCUUGCGACCGACGCUUAUGGCAACCCAAUCAUACAGUUUGACCCCAAGGCUGUCAGGAAGCUGCGAAUGAAGAUGGACUUGUACUUGGUGCCGACUGUUGCGCUGCUGUACCUGUUCUGCUUCAUUGAUCGCGCAAACAUUGGUAACGCGCGUAUUGCGGGUUUGGAAAAGGAUCUAGGCCUCACCGGAAACGACUACAACAUUAUCCUUUCCGUCUUUUACAUCUCCUACAUCCUCUUCGAGAUCCCAGCAACGGUGCUGUGCAAGUGGAUGGGACCAGGCUGGUUCCUGCCCGCAACAUCGCUUCUCUUCGGGAUUGCUUCCAUCGCCACUGCGUUUGUACACGACCGAGCAGCCAUUUGCGGUGUCCGCUUCCUCCUCGGCAUCUUCGAGGCCGGAAUGCUUCCCGGUAUUGCAUACUAUCUGUCACGUUGGUACCAGCGCGCCGAGCUCGCGUUCCGAUUGUCGCUAUACAUGGUCAUGGCCCCUCUGGCUGGUGCAUUCGGUGGACUCUUGGCCAGCGCCAUCCUGACGCUUGACAGUUUCGCUGGUGUGCAUAGCUGGAGGAUGAUCUUUGCCAUCGAGGGCAUCGUCACCAUCAUCGUGUCUGUCAUCGCCUUCUUCACCCUCACAGACCGACCCGAGACGGCACGCUGGAUGACCGAAGAUGAGAAGAUACUGUGCGAGGCGCGAGUCAAGUCUGAGCGCGUCGGCCAGACUGAAGUUCUGGACAAGAUUGAUAAGAAGAAGUUGAUGCGCGGUAUGACGAACCCAGUGGCGCUCCAGAUCGCCUUCAUCUUCCUGUGCGACAAUGUGACCGUCCAGGGUCUCGCCUUCUUCUUGCCCACCAUUGUGUCGACAAUUUACCCUACUCUUUCCACCGUGCAGAAGCAGCUCUACAGCGUGCCGCCGUAUAUCGUCGGUGCCUUUUUCACGGUCGCCUUUCCCAGUCUGAGUUGGUACCUCGAUCGCAGGCAGGUACUGAUCGCCCUGAGCGCUCCCAUGGUAAUGACUGGCUAUAUAAUGUUCUUGGCGAGCAAGGUUGCGACGGUUCGGUACGCGGCAACUUUCUUGAUUGCUAGCUCGGCUAUGGUUUUGGGCCCAAUGUCGAACGCCCACAUUAGUGCCAACGUCGUCAGUGAUACCGCAAGGAGCAGUGCCAUCGGUCUCAACGUCAUGUUUGGCAACGUCGGUGGCCUCAUCUCCACCUGGAGCUUCCUACCCUGGGACUCACCCGACUACAAGAUUGGUAACGGUCUCAACCUUGCCACUUCGUCCAUGAUGCUUGUCGUCUCCACGGCUGCUCUGUUCUGGAUGAAAUGGGAUAACAAGCGACGCGAAAAGCUUGAUGUUGACAAGGAGCUGGCUGGACUGAGCCAGCAAGAAAUUGAGGAUCUCGACUGGAAGCACCCCAGCUUUAGGUGGCGUCUUUGAGCGAAUUGUUCGGGGUUAUAUAUGUCUUGGGUUGGAUACUACAGUAUUGGAUAUGGCAUGAUUCUUUGUAUAUGGUACGAUUCCUGCAUUCAUUCGCAUUCAGUUAGACUGUCCAUACGUACGAUAGUUGCAGAUAAGACAAGGCUGUCGAUAAG